CCCAUAUUUACCGUCCUGCCCAAGACCCUCCCUCGUCUCAGCCUGCUGAGUAUUCAGGACGAUGGUGUCUUUUCCUCCUGUAACGACGGGAAAUUAUCCAAGGAAGCUGCUCCCGGAGGACACGCGGAAGGACGAGGCGCACGGCGAGGACCGCGGAUCCAACUAUGUGGAACUGGACAUGAAACCCAACGGCGCAAAAACGGCGAAAGUGACUUUCCCCGGCGCGGGGAACCAGCCGCCGGUUAUCAAAUGCAACGCGUCCGAGCCGGGAGACUGCGGCGAGGAGGGUUCAGUCCCCGCGGGGGGGGAUCGUCCCGAAGAGCAGUUAGAGGACACGCGGGGCGGCUCCCCCGGGCCGGUUUCGGGAGAGCCGCCUUUGGAAACUCCGACCAAACUUCCCAACGCCGGUGGCGGCGACUCGGACGGCGAGGAGCAGCGCCGGGCGGAGCUCGACCGCGGGGGACGCGCGCGCAGCGGGGACGGCGAGCUCCGGUACACCGACAUGUAUCUGAACAGCAGGGCGGAAUCGGACGACGGUGCCAGUGCCGCGACCUCCGACCACUGCGGCUCCGACGCCGCCGCGGAGGACGAGUCCCACUACAUCACGACGCACGAAAUCCAGUUGACCGAGCUCGACCACGACGUGGAUUACGAAGUGGGCCGCGGGACCGGUUGGGAUUUUGAAGACGACAACCUGGUUUUUUCCUUUGUGGAUUACGCUUCUUUUGAGAGCAACGAAACGCAGGGGAGGACUUUGAUACUGAGGGGAAGGGGCCAGGCGAAAGUGCGCGCAAAUCCUGGCGGAGAGGUCGUCACCACCGAGCUGGAGGAUAGUGAUCUUUGCGACUCGGACAAAUGCGCCAGCUCAGACGAAAGCCUGUGCAAAAACGCGGGGAAGAUUCACGUGUCGAUAAAGACGUCCUCCAGAGCGGUGAACAACGCCAUCAGUACCUCCGACAACAGCGCACGUGGGUACACGAAACACUUUGGAGACGGGAGCCAUUUCUCCUUUGUGAGCUCUGGCCCCAGGGUGGGGCCUCUCGGCGACAGAGCCCAAUAUUUCAUCCCCGCUCCGGGCCGUCAGCACCUUGCAUCCAAACUGAGACGGAAGGAUAUUAAUGAGUAUUCCAGCGGAGCGUCCAGCUCCAUCAGCGAGCUGGACGACGCUGACAAAGAGGUGCGUAAUUUGACCGCCAAGUCUUUCCGGAGCCUGGGGUGUCCAUACUUCGAUGCCAUUAAUCUCAGCACCUCCAGUGAGUCUUCCAUGUCGGAAUAUGGAAUGAAUAACUGGUCGGCUUAUGUGGACUUGAAAUAUGGAAACAUAUCUCAGGGUAGAGAGGGGAGUGUAAUUGAGACGUCAAGCUCAACUUUGGAAAUGAAUAGGACUGUGGGUGGUAGGAGGCCCGGUAAGUCAGUCACCGGUAUGAAAGCUCCACAAACCAAAAUGUACGCGUUGAACAAGAGAGCAACUUCUCAACAAUCAUCAUCUACCAAAAAGAUACAACUCAACGAUCCCGAUCAGCCGAAGCAGCGGGGAGUCACGUUGAAUUUCCGGUGUAACGUUGAAGCGCCCGAAGGCGCCAGACUUCCCAAAUGCUCCAAGAAAGCACGACCCGAUGAGCUAACUGGGACUGUCUCGGCCGGGUCAGGGUGUGAGAUGCGAUAUCUCUCCUCAGAUUGCACGGGGGGUACGCACCAAAGAGCAGUAUUUGCAUCAAGUCUUUUAAAAAAUGUGAUUUCCAAAAAGAUGCAGUUUGAACAGGAGCGUAAAAUGGAGAGGGGCGAGAAGUGUGACGCCUACCCAGCAUUGUCCUCGGGUUUUCAAUGUAAAGAUUAUGACGGAGUGAAAGAUAGGGGGCAAGGAAUGGGCCUUCAGAGACAGACGUCAGAAUCAGGCUCAGGUUUUACUGUUAACUCUGCUGAUGAUGAUCGAUAUCUGGAGGGCAGCAGAGCCAGCUCCUGUGAGCUCGUAGAGGAGCAUAACAUCUCCAAAGCACCAGAUGAUCUAGGAAAGGGGGAACCGAAGCCUCCAAAAUCUUCUCUCAGCCACAGCCAAAAUAGUGCGUUUAAUUCCCUGAAGGAGGAAGAGCCAAAACCCACAUCUUUAACCGCCACACAAACAAAACAAAAGGCAUUAGACACAAGCAGCAUGCUGACAAAACUGCUGUUUGUCCCGAGCUGCCAGCUCCUAUCGAAAGAGAAGACCUGUCGAGAAGACGUUCCAAUCCGUGCAACAGUCACAGGUGCACCUGCCUUAAAAACAGGCAACAAUGGAAACACAGGCAAAGAGGAGAAUGCGGAAGGGGGUAAACCCCCUGGGAUAAAAAUAUGCCUGCGGAGUGUGAAGGAAAACAAAGGCUGCACACUGAAUAUUGCCAACCUGUUAACCCCUAAAAUAAGUUUAAACACCGGGAACACAUUCAAGGUAGCAGAUGAUGCCAAAUGCCACGCUUCAGAUAAAAUCCCAAACUUCACUGUUAGAGACAUCAGAGACACCAAAUGCAAGUUUCAAACACCAAUAUAUCAAGUCAGAGAUGUCCGUAAAUUGGUAAAAAGUUCGUACCGAUUUGUUUCCCUGGAUAACAGCGAGGGUAAAUGUUCCACAGCAGCUGAAAAACUGGAGGUGACAAAGGCGCCGACGAAGCAUGUUCUACCGUCUCCUAUUGUGAUUAAGUGUCACUCUGUAAAAACAAAUGCUAAACAACAGCCGCCCGAGGCAGCCGCCUCAUCUGAAACUGCUCAAAGUGAAAACACGCCAUCUUACUGCACAGCCAGCAGGGUGCCGCUUGUUGCGUCGAAGCAGCAGCACCAUGACCAGUCAGAUGUUCAGCCAAAUAUUGAAGCCAAAUUAACCAAACAGAGGCAGGAAAGGUUUGCAUGUGAGACUUCUGAGAGGAGAAAUGAGCCCAAAAUACCGAAACAGGCUGCUUUAGAGAAGCUUAAAGCUGCGGUCAAAACAAUGGAGCAGCUUUAUGUUUUUGACAGAAACGAAUGGAAGCGUAAAAGCCAAGCUCCGCAGCCAAUCACAGACAGCCACGUGUUAUCGCUUAUUGCCAGGGAGGAGCAGGGAGCCGAGGAGCUGGAGACAACAAUCACCGACCGGUCUCCUCAGCCACAGGAUGCUAAAGGAGCUCUGAAUAUUAUACGCGUCCCGUACGACGACGACGCGUUUCAAACGCAAUCACAGCAGAGUAAAACGUUUAGUAACAAACGCGUGCUUCAUUUUGGCUCCGUUAGUGAUCCUAUUGCCCAAAACCCCUCGCUGCUAACAUCAUCGACUAUGAAAAGCUCCAGAACACCCGUAGCUCCACUGUCGGUGAAAAUAGUGCCUCCGAAAGAAAGCCAGGUGGAGCAGGGGAAGGUCAAAAUGAUUCCCACUAAUCCCACUUUUGCACAGGCCUGCUCAGACUCUGGGAACUACUUAACCAUACCGGGGUAUACGAAUGAAGUCAAACUGCUUAAUCGAGAUCUCGUUUCCAGGCAGCUGAGUUCAAAUGUUAGCGAAAUCCAAGCAGUUGACAGGAUGACGCCUGAGCAGAAAAGGUCUCCGUUAAUCACGGAGUACCCAGCUUCAAGCGUCUACCAUCAGACACAGCAACAGGUGUUGUGUUUCUCUCCAUCAGUCCCCAAUGUGUCACCUACACCUUCUAGCGGGGAGGCCGUCCCACAAACACAGCGCAAGAUGCUUUUAGAUCCCACCACAGGACACUAUUACCUGGUGGACACUCCUAUCCAGCCAACCAAAAAGAGACUAUUUGACCCUGAGACAGGCCAGUAUGUGGAUGUACCUAUGUCCGGUUCUCACGUGGCACCUGUCACCCCCGUCCCUCUCUCGUUGUCCCCACUGGCCAUGAGCCCAGCAGCUUACGCCCCCACUUACGUGAUCUACCCGGGCUUCAUCCCCUCACCCACUCUGCCGGCCCAGGCGGUGUUGUGUCAUUCGCCGUGUCACUCCGAGGGUGCAGAAAAGGUCAAAAGGGCCAGAAGUCCUAAGCUGGACGCCAGUGCAACAGGUGCAGAGAGUGCGUAUUACAGUGCGACAGGUGAGGCGACACGAGGGCCAAUGCAGCUUCCUGUCAGCUUGGGACAUGUGAGCGCCAGAGGAGGUGCAGCGAGCUCUGACAGGAAACCGGUCAUCAGCAUCACAACGCAACAAGGGCCAAGGAUCAUCGCACCGCCUUCCUUCGAUGGCACAACAAUGAGCUUCGUGGUGGAGCACCGGUGACCAAGGAAACACCUCAUUGUGCAUACAUCUCCACCAAAGAACGUGGCUUCAUUCACCCCUCUUGCAGUUUUCAACCCCCCCCCACCCGUGAUCUACUCCCCAUGACAAAGUUCCACCACCAACAAUUUGAUCCCCUCUUGUUUAUCCUUGCAGAAGACCUUACUGUAAUAUGGAUGCAUUGCAGCACUUUGUAGGGUAAAAACUUUGAGCCACACUCUCUGGCUAAUGCUUUGCCAUGUUGCUAUACGAAUCUGCUUUGUAAUACUUUCCAGUCACCUGCUGUUUAGAACUUUUGAAAUUUGGUUUUGGUCCCUGCAACAUGUCUAUUCAAAAGGAAACAAGGCAGGGAAUUGAGUUUUAUUAGCCGCUCCACAAAUGUAUUAGUAUCAAUCCAAUGUUACCGUUUCUUUAAAGUGAGACUUUGUAACUUUUGUGCUGAUGAAAAACUGAUGAUGUCACGAUAAACAUUUCAAUGGUUUUACCACGAAGCCAAAAAAGUUGCUGCCAAUUUAUCCCAAUGAGGUAGUUCAACCAAAAACAUGCCAAAAUCCCCCAAGUGUGUCAUGCAUAAUCGUGUUGUUACGGGUUUGAAGUCUCAGUUGCAGAACUGACUGCACAAAAUUGUGCCCAAAAGGUUGACUGGUCCUGAUGCAGAUGUAAGGAGGGGGGAGGGGAGGGGGGCGGAGCUUCUGUGGUCACAGAUGCUUAAACUGUACGAGAAGAGUUUCAGGAGGCCAUUAGAACGACUAUUAGUAAGCCUCAAAGAGAUGCUGCCAACUGUCAGAUGGCGCUGGAGGCCGAGGCAAGGCUCAGCUCAGGCUGCUUUCAGCCAACAGUGCUCAAAUAUGAAGGGAAAACUUAUACCACGGAACUGGAAAGACAACUCCAACUUCCAGGAGAAAAACCGGGCAGAAUCCAUCCUCGUUGUGGAACAUUGGACUUGCUCUCUACCAUUGCAGAAACACAGGGUCUGCCCCUCUAGUCUAUUGAUGUUGUGUGGAUUUGGAGAAGCCCGCUGGCCAUUUCCACUGGGAUGUCAGGCGUCCUGCAUGUUGGCCUCAAGAUUGCAUCUCAAGGAGUAAGUGGUUCUGCUGGCUUUAUCGGACCAUGACUUGGGUUAGCACUUUUAAAUUGGAGACCAUGUUUCUCAACUGGAAAAUGGUGGUUAUUGCCCAAAUUGAAGUAUAUUGGAAUCCUUCAAAUCAGUGAAAAUACAUAGUAUCAGAUUGUUGUGGGGAAGAGAUUGCUGUAAAACAAUUAUCAAAACACAAAUGCAUCUGCCAUUCUCCUGUAGUUGAUGCUUGUGGCCGUAGGGGUCAUUGUUCUUCAAAAGUUACACAGUCUUGCCUUAUUUCACUCAAUAAGAUCAUUACUUAAAGUGAUUACAAUCUACAAUAUUUCAUACUGUUUCUGGAAGACAGGGACCAUUUGUCUGCACUGAUCAUAUAAAUAAAUGCAGAUUAAGGGGUAAUUUUGAAUCGCCUCAAAUUCAGCCACAGGAUUAAAAUUAUGAUUACUGUAUUUCAAAAUAAUGUGUUUUUAAACAUGUCCUAAGGAAAUGUUAAAUAUAAGACAUUGCUAUGUAUGAUAUCGCUACCCUCCAUCAACAAUGUUCCACAUUCACAAUAACAUUUCCAUCUUUUUUAGGAUGUUCUACUUAAAGUACUGUAGGUGUAUGACUCACGACAUGCUGCUAAUACCUGCACAACUGAUAUGCUGUAUAAAGUAGUGUAUGUUUCUAUUUUAAUUAAGUUUAAAGUUUAAAUAUUUAGUUUUAUGUUUUGCUGCGUGAGAAAAAAAAGAGCAAUCAGAGGAAGUGGCGUUGUGGUCUAACUGUGUACUUGAAUCAGUAUUUUCUAAGUACCGUUGGGCCUAAUGAGUCAGAGCCAGCUGAGACAUUUACGGGAUAACUUCCUCUGUGAUGGUUUAUUUUACACUUUUUAGUGUAAUGAGAUGCGAGUUAGUGCGCGCGUGUUCCGUGGCAGUGAGUUAUGUUCGGCAGUUCAGUAUUCUGUGAGUGUACAACAAGGAGUCGUGUUACUUCUCUGUAGACAGCAAUGUACAGAUUACAUGUGUUGGAAGUGUCGCCACAUGUACACACAGCAAGCAGUUUCUCUUUUUUUAACCCACUUGACCUCUUAGUUUAACAAUAUGAAUGAAUUUGAGUUCUCAUCAAAUGGACAUAUAUCGACUGAUGACAUUUAUGUGACUGCUUCCUGUGUUGAGAAGUUCAGAGGAUCAUGUUUUUUUCCUGUUUUGUUUCCUUUUGAAUAAACAACGUGGGGCAUCAUAGGUCUUUAUGCUUUUAUACUUGACUCAGUUAUACCAGCAUCCCAUGUAGAACUAAAUCAAUUUGUAGAGCAUGUUUCAAACCUAAACCCACAUUAAAGGUAUUUGGAGCUGCUGGUCAGUCUAAGUACCCUAAUUUUGUAAAAUAAAUGUGAUGAUGUGUCUCUGUGAAAACAGACUUUAUACAAAUUGCUCUAAGUUGAUUUCAUUUCAAGUGAAAUGCAGCAAAGAUAAGACAUGAUUUGGCUCUUUAGAGCAAGUUGAUUCUAGAGCAUUUAAUGCAUUGGAGAAGAAAUCUUUACUUAAAUGUAUACAUUUAAUUCAAAACACUUAUUUAUGAUAUACAACAACAUUAUUUAAUAAUACUUUAUAAUUGUUGGACAUAUGUUUCCUCGAGGUAGUUGUGAAAUUAUUUAUUCAGAGAUAAUGAGUCGGUUCGUUUCCGAAGGAAAGAAAACUACUAUGAACAAGUUAGAAUUGAGAGGUAUGAUUUUCUAUAAAUGAAUAAAUCAGAUAAAUACUGUAAGUUGUAAACCAGCUCUUCUUAUUUUGUCCUAAACAUAAAACUCUAAAAACAUAAAAACCUUUAAAAACCCAUCUCCCAAAUGCUUUUCAUUAGUUUCUUGAAAGACUUUUAUCUAUAAAUAAAAAUGCACUUAUGGAUUGUUACUCAGCAACAAAUGCCUGUAAACAUCGGUAAAAGAGUACUACAUGGACUUGUUAAUUGUAAAAUGAAUAAUUGUUUGUUUUUCCUGAUGAAUUUCACAGAUGCACUGUACAUGUUUUAUUUUAGAAAUUAUUCCACGUCCCUCAACAAACCUGCUGACUUUGAGGUUGAAUGUAUGAAACUAACUGUAUCAAAGCUUGCUUUUGUAUAAGGAAAGAGGUUAAACAGAGGGUGAGAUGGUCUGAGAUAAGUGUAUUUAUGAACGUUCAAAGAAAAGGGGCAUAUGUUUUGAAUAAAAAGGCUAUACUGGCUGUACUAUCAUAUAUAUAUAUAUAUAUAUAUAUAUAUAUAUAUAUAUAUAUAUAUAUAUAUAUAUAUAUAUAUAUAUAUUUCAUGCCUAAUGUCAACUGUGACUGCCCCAAAAAAAGACAGCGGUCAGAAUAACGGAGAGACGCCUUGAAAAGAGAAGAGUGAGUGCUGCGCUUGAAAGUAAUAAAAUGACGAAUGAGUGUGUUGUAGUCGAUCAGCCUUCCUACAGUAUGUUUGCAAUAGAUUCAGUAUCAAGCUACCGAACACGUAUGUAUCCAUGAAUUUAAAUCACUUUAAGGUCUAGUUGUGUUUGAAUGAAGUGCAUUUUCUGCUCUUAAAGAAGGGCUUUGUUAAAGAUUUGGUCAUUUCUCAGGGCACUGAACGAACACCUUUGGGAUGCCAGGUUGUGAACAUUACCUUUUGCUGGUCAGUGCUUGAUGAAUUAAAGAGCCAAAGUAUUUCUCCUCACAACCUGGCACACUAAACGUUCUUGUUAAUUGCCUCAAACUGGUUUUUGACAUAUUAUAAAAUGCUUUAUUAAUUAUUAAUACAACCAUUAGUUGCAACAUGCUAAUUGUAAACCUCUUAUGAAAAUGUAAAUGUAUAAGAAAACGUUACCAAAAACUGAAUACAUUUUAAUACAUUUUAAUUGCAAUGGCCUGCCUGCCAUAACUGGUCAACAUAAUAAACAACCUUCUUCCUUAAA